UAAUUAGUUGUCACAUAUGUAUGGCUGUUGUUUUAACAACGUCACAUACAUGGUGAAAUUAAUUCUCACGUCUCGUUGUUCGUUUAACAACCAAGCAACUCCCAGCUCCUGUCCACUAUGUCAUUAACUUCUUUUCAACAAUCAUAAAAUAUAUGUGAACCUGCCAUAACCACGCACAAGUAGUUUGCUACCAUUUCUUUACCUACCUAUCCAUGUUCCCCUCCUAUAAAAACAAAAUUCACAUUUUUUGCAGCACAAGAUCAAGGCCAUCCAAUAACUAUGGUAGGAAACUCCAAACCCCAAACUCACCAUGUUGCCGUUUUGGCCUUUCCCUUCGGUUCCCAUGCCGGCCCUCUCCACAGCCUCGUCCUCAGACUAGCUGCGGCGGCCCCGCAGGUGGCCUUCUCGUUCCUGACAACUUCCAAAGCCAACGCUGCCCUCUUCUCCAAGUCACCGUUGAGCCUCCACAAUGUGAAGGCUUACAACGUGCCUGAAGGGUUGCCAGAGAACUUCGUGUUCUCUGGCAACCCUGAGGUGGCUAUCGGGUUAUUCUUGAAGGCGGCGCCUGCGAACUUUAGGGGGAGUUUGAAGGAUGCCCAGGCGGCGACGGGGUUGAAGGUUGGUUGUUUGGUAUCGGAUGCGUUCUUCUGGUUUGUUGGAGAUAUGGCGGAGGAGAUGGAAGUCCCCUGGGUGCCGGUUUGGACGGGUGGACCACGUUCACUGCUGGCUCAUGUUGACACAGACUUGAUACGCCAAAGGCUUGGAACCAGUGGAGGUGGAAAACAAACCCUCGACUUCCUUCCUGGAUUUUCAAGAUUUCAGAUGGACGACCUACCUGAAGGAAUAGUAGGAAAGUUAGAGUCACCCUUAGCAACUCUAUUAUACAAAAUGGGACAAAAGCUGCCUAAAGCGACCGCUGUUGCAAUAAACUCUUUUGAAGAAGUAGACCCUGAAGUUGUGAAUGUGCUCAAGUCAAGAUUCCAGAAGUUCCUCAACGUUGGACCCUUUAGCCUAAUACCGUCAUCACCAUCACCAUCACCAUCACCGCCGCCAUUGCUUAACGAUGAAAGUGGUUGUUUAGAGUGGUUGGACACGCAGAAGCCAGCAUCAGUGGCAUAUAUUAGCUUUGGAAGUGUGGUGACACCACCACCUCAUGAGCUAGCAGCAUUUGCGGAAGCAUUGAUUGAAAGUGGGUUUCCAUUUAUUUGGUCAUUUAGGGGCAACAUAGAGGAAAUAUUGCCCAAGGGGUAUGACAAAAUGAGCCUGAAUGGGAAAAUACUUUCAUGGGCUCCACAAGUGCAAGUCUUGGGGCAUUCUUCAACUGGGGUUUUUGUGACACAUUGUGGGUGGAAUUCGAUUUUGGAGAGCAUUGUUGGUGGUGUGCCUAUGAUUUGCAGGCCAUUUUUUGGAGACCAAAAUCUUAACAUGAGGACGGUAGAGGCUGCAUGGGGGAUUGGUGUUGGGGUUGAGGGAGGGCUCAUCACGAAACCUGCAGCGAUUAAGGCCUUGGAACUGGUCUUGAAGCAAAAAGAAGGAGAAGAAAUGAGAGAAAAAUUAAAGAUCCUACAAAAUCUUGCCCAACAAGCUGUUGAAUGGAAUGGAAGCUCCCCACGAGCUUUCAAUAGCUUGGUGGAGAUUGUCACCAAGUAAUAUAUGUAGUUUGUAAUACUCGUUUCAAGGUAGUUUGGGAAGGGGGAGGCCAUGACGCAUUUCCCCAAACAGUUAAAUUGAGGCAACAAAUUAUGUGCAACAUAUCCAAUUUAUUAAGAAAACUAGACCACGGGCUAGGAACGUUAUAAAAACAAAUUUGUUUUUGUUUGUAA